AUGGAUGCAUACAGAAGUGUUAGUACGAGAAUACCUAGAUCUCACAGCACAUCAGAGGCAUUGAGCGAAGGUGUCGGUGGUGGGAGGUCAAUAAGUAGUGCUGUGGAUGGCCACAGUCAUUACGACCACCAGCGUCACCACCAACAUAAUCAUAGAGAUCAAACAUCACAACUUCAACAGUCACAAUCCCAACAGCAGAUUCACUCGAGGACAAGAUCUGCUGAGAAAAAUACUGUGACUCUUAAAGUUGGACUUAUAGGUGAUGCACAGGUCGGUAAGACAUCACUGAUGGUGAAGUAUGUUGAAAACUGCUUCGAUGAAAUUUAUACACAGACUUUGGGAGUGAAUUUUAUGGAGAGAACGAUCCGUAUCAAGAACACGGAAAUUACCUUUUCAAUAUGGGACCUUGGAGGAGAAGCUGAGUUCACUAAUAUGCUACCACUGGUGGCUAGCGACGCUGUUGCUGUACUAUUUAUGUUCGACCUUUCACGAAAAUCAACACUAAAUUCCAUCAAAGAUUGGUAUCGUCAGGCUAGAGGUUUCAAUAGAACGGCGAUACCAUUUCUAGUGGGCACUAAGUACGAUUUAUUUGUGGAUCUGCCUGAACCGGAUCAAGAAGAGAUUACGAGACAGGCCAAAAAGUACGCAAAGGCCAUGAAUGCUCCCCUAAUCUUUUCUUCAACCUGCGCUUCCAUAAAUAUCCAAAAGAUAUUCAAGAUAGUCAUUAGUAAGACCUUUGAUCUUCGGCUGAAAAUCCCGGAGAUUGUCAAUACCGGUGAGCCAAUUCUUCUCUAUCAGAAUAUAUAA